CUGAUGCAAACUUUGCAUCAGCCGUUUUCGGAGUUCUACAUCCAAUGGCUAAAUGGUGUUCGUGAACUAAAACUUUUGAAAAACAAUCGGUUUGUGACACCGUUAUCAAACGGUUUGAUGAACCGGUUGAACCUCCUAAAAGACAGCCAAUUAUUCCGAGCCGCAUUGUAUUUGGAUCCUAGAUUCAAUUUCUUGGAUUCUAAAGUAUUCAGUCUUGAGGAAAAGGAAUCAACCCAGGAGUAUUUGAUGCGAAUUUGGGAGAGAGUCCAUGCGCUUUGCUCUGCUAAUAAUGCACCGUUUGAACUAUCACCAGAUAAUUCCAUCAAUGAAUCUGCAGCAUCCGUAGUAGAGGAUUUGGACGAUUUCCUUACCGAUAUGUACGGUGGCACGCUGAGCACAUUGACACAUAACUCUAAAACUGUAGAUAGUAUUCGGCAGCAGAUCAAAAUGCUGGAAAUUGAGCCUCGACAACCACACACGUGCGAUGUAUGGAAGCACUGGUUGGCCAGAAAGGCAUCACACCCGGAGCUUUUUGCUGUGGCUAUGGUGGUGCUUUCUGCGCCGUCAAACCAAGCAUCGGUCGAAAGAGCGUUUAGCGCUUUGGCUCUUGUGCUUACGAGCCAUCGAACUGGCAUGGCUGAUGAUCUGUUGGAGAAUACGUUGUUGGUUAAACUUAACCAGCCCAUCGUUGAGAAAGUAAUGCCAACGCUUUAUCCUUGGAAGGACUUCAAGGAAAAUAUUAACCAAUAAUAGUGAUCGAAUUGAUACCAGUUAGUAUGACUAAUUUAUAUGAACUCAUGUGUAUAUAGUUAUGAAUAUUUUAGCUUUAUAGUUAGCACUUUAUCAAUAUUUUAUUAGCUUUCAUGCCACCAUUGAAUUUUUACUGAAAAGUAGUAUAGACUGUUAUGAAUUUUGAUGUGUAUAUAUUUAUGAAUUAUAUAGCUUUACUUAGUACUUUACCUUUUCCAGAGCGUUAGUACUCUACCAGUACCAGUUUAUUAGUUUUGAAAACCUGAAUUUCUAUUUAUUAGUAUUACUAACUGUUAUGAAUUUAGAUGUGUAUUAUUUCGUAUGGUUAUUGGUAGCUAUUAUACGAACUGAUCUCUUAUGUUGCACUAUUUAAAUAAAGAGAGAUGAACUACA